GUACAAGUUGAAACAACCACGUUUUCUAACUUAUGUAUAUGCUUCAGCUGGAUACAACCAAAAUCAACUUUUUGACACCUUUCUUUGUAUGUAACACAAGUCAUCAUUUGGUUUCUAUUGCUAAAUGCCAAGAAGCAAGUUGAGAGUCUAAUUAAAGACUGUUACUUCAAUGUGGGACAACCGAAUAUGUAACCAUGUAAUUUGGAUAAGAUACACUGUCUCAAGAGUGUAAACCGUGUAAGGUACUAUGAGGGUCCACUCCAUCAACUAGCUUAAUACAAUAUCCAAUUCUCAUGUAUUCCUUAUCAGAGGAUUUGAUUGAGACCCUUUAUCAGUAACAGGUUUAUACAUAUACUUGUAUAUAUAUCUUUGUUGAUCAUGUUUUUUUUUCAAUCUUAAAUUCAACCUCCUAGGUCCUAUUACUUACAUAAUUCAUAAAACAUGACAACAUCAGAAGAAACUUCAAGUUUGACACAAUUGAGUCAACAUCUUUUAGAGGAUGUAUCAGACUCAUUCUUUACCAAUCUCAGUUGUGUAAAACUUGAAAACACAUCAUCACCAGAAAUUGAUUUGGAUUCAUACUUUUCAGAACAUAACAGUUUUCUUGAAAUCCUUGGUUUUGAAGCUGAUACAAAAUUGAUUGACUUCACUUCUUCUCAUAAUAAGGUACAAAACUUGCAUGAAGAAAGUCCCUUAGAGGAAACUCAAAAGACGACCAAUUUGGCAGAAUCAAUGGUGUUAGAGAGGAAGGAACAAAGAAGUUAUGGAACAAGGCAUUACAGAGGAGUAAGGAGAAGGCCAUGGGGAAAAUAUGCUGCAGAAAUUCGUGAUCCGACAAGGAAAGGAAGCAGGGUUUGGUUAGGAACAUUUGACAGAGAGAUUGAUGCUGCUAAGGCUUAUGAUUGUGCAGCUUUCAGAAUGAGGGGUCAGAAAGCCAUAUUGAAUUUUCCUUUGGAAGCUGGUGAAGCUAAUCCAAAGCCUAAUAAUUGUGGCAGGAAAAGGAGAAUACAUCAAAGAUAUGAUGCUACAAGUUAAAGUUAAGACAUGAUUAGUAUUGCCGCUAUUUUAUACCAUAUUAGAUUUUUAUAUUGGAUCUAGUUCGUCUUUCAUAAAGGAAUGGUCUAUAAAAAUAAAAAUAAAGUAAUGGUCCGUGUGUACCUAUCAAUGUAUUUUAAUUUUAAGAUAAAAAUAAACAUUAAAAUUUCACAUGA